UGUCUGUCCAGGAGGUCACCCUUUUUCUGUCUCACACACACACAGGGUGGAGCAGGGACAAAGACAAGCAAGAUUGAAAAAAUAAAUAAAUAAAUAAAUAAAUAAAUAAGAUUAAACCGAGGAAGUAAAACAGAAGAGAAAAACGAGGACACAUUGUGGAUCUAUUAAUCCAGCAGAUUUGCGCCUGACAAACGUUUAACAUGGCGGGUAAAAUAGUGACGUUCCGGUCCCAGGAGGAGGAGGAGAGACAGAUGUCUCACAGCAUGGAGUUGUCCUCGCAGAUCAAGAAAAAGAAAUUUAAAUCCAGUGAUGAAGAGGCCUCCCUCUCUGAGUUCUAUCCCAUCAUCCCUGGUGACAUCAUGUCUGUCAAAGAGAUUCUGACGGAGCCAAAGUUCCCACGCCACAGGACAUGGGAGGUCCUGAGGGAAACCAUGGAUCACGAUGAGCUCCGGGAGAGGGACCAAUGGACCAUGUUCGGUAAUGAGGCAGAAAAGGUGGAGAUCGAGGUAAUCAGGAACCAGCACAUGGUCCGUCAACGUAUGGACCGCAUGGUGCUGCGUAAAGAGGCAAAAAGGAAGAUUUCAACAUACCUGAAGUUUCUGGAUGAUUUGAGCAUGAAGACUCCAGAUUUUUCCAUUCCUCUUCGUCCCCACACCGUCUGGGAGGGAAUGGCUGUCAAACUGUCCUGCACUGUCGAGGGUUGUCCAUCACCACACAUUACCUGGUAUAAAGAUGGCAUUCCUUUGACAGCAUCUUCACAACCCUGGAACUACAAACUGCUACAGAAAUAUGGCCUCAACACUUUGGAGAUUAGAAGGUGUAGUGCUGCUGAUGCUGGAGAAUAUAAAGUGGUGGCCAAAAGCUCCUUAGGCGAGGCAACAACCUAUGCCACCCUUGUAGUGAACUUGAAGCGAGGCCUUGGGGCGGGAAUGAAACACACCCAGACUGUAAAAUCUGUAAUGGAGGAGGAGGCUUUGUUUGACACCACCUUCCAUCCAUCUUUUAUAAAAGAAGGAGACACUCUGACGCUGAGCUGCAGUUUUACUUUUCCUCUCCUUCCCUUCCAACAGGACGUGGCCUGGUUCAGAGAUGGAGUUCUUCUCCAUGCGUCUAGUCGGCUGGACAUCCACACGGCCCUGCGCUCCUCCACCCUCAGCCUGAAGGGCAUGCACAAAGAGCACGAGGGUCUUUACACCGUCCGCCUGCACACCCAAGACGGCAUCCGCGAACACAGCGCCUACAUUUAUGUCAAAGAUGGUCCUGCAGCAGUGCUCGGAGCUCCAGGUUCUCCACUCCACCUCGAGUGCUCUGAUGUGAACAGAGAUUAUGUGUUUCUCUCGUGGGAACCUCCCAGUGCUGAGGGAAGAAGUCCAGUGCAGGGCUACUUCAUUGAGAGGUGUGAGGUGAGCACGGGGAAGUGGGAGCGCUGUAACGAGCUGAUUCAGAAGCUGUGUCAUUACCCAGUUAUGGGUUUAAAGGAAAACACCAUGUACCAGUUCAGAGUAUGUGCCGCGAACAAGGCCGGCGUGGGACGGCCAUCUAAACUCUCCAACCCCAUCGUCACCUCUGACCCCAUGGAGCCCAGCAGAACUAUGGUGGUCAAGGUGGAUCGAGGCAGAGAGAUCGUGAUCACCAAGGACCAGCUGGAAAGUCAGAUCCGAGUCCCUUUCCCCCCAACUGAUGUGCGAGUGUGUGAGUUAAGUGACACAUAUGUUGUGAUGUGCUGGACUGAUCCAGAUCCACGGGGCAAAGAGUCGCUCACCUACUUUGUGGAGCGGUCCAUAGCUGGUAAGGAGAGCUGGCACCUGGCCAGCCUGGACAUGACAAUCAAUGCUACGAGGUUUGCUGCAUUCGACUUGCAGAAAGGGAUGGCCUACUGCUUCCGUGUGCGCUCUGUGAACAAAUAUGGCAUUAGCGACCCAUCAGAACCCAGCCAACCUGUCUCGCUUGGAGAAGCUCUCAGUGUCCCUGCUGCACCGCACUGUGUUCAGGCCAUUCCAGACACAGACAGGUCAAUCCUUCUCAUAUGGAAAGAACCAAAGAGCACAAAGGGAAUUCUGGGAUAUUACCUGUACUGCAAUGAGCUGGGGAGCCCAGAAUGGAGAACCGUUAACAACAAACCAGUCCAAAGUACCAGGUUCUUGGUGCACGGCCUCAAGACCAAUAAGAAGUACGUGUUCAGAGUGAAAUCAGUUGGCCGAGCGGGAAACAGCCACUACUCAGAUGAGUCUGAGCCAAUCUUGGUCCAGGCAGCGAAAUAUGCUCCAUCUGCCCCAUCUGCCAUUUCACUUCUUUACUGUACGGGCACUGAAAUGAUGAUUGGCUGGCGAGCUCCUGUCAAUAAUGGUGGAGAGCCAGUGCAUGGCUACUACCUGGAUCAGCGGGAAAAAUCACAGAGCAUGUGGCGCGAGGUCAACGUUAAAUCUGUCAAAGAGAGAGUGUACAAAGUUCCUGGUCUUCAGGAGGGGCAUUAUUAUCAGUUCCGUGUAAUAGCAGCCAACAUGGUCGGAAUCGGCAAACCAUCUGAACCAAGUGAGGCAUUUCUGUGUGAGAGGUGGACGAUGCCUGAACCUGGCUGCCCGUACGACCUGGAGUUGAGAGAGGUGCGGCAGGAAUCUCUGGUUCUGCUGUGGGCGGAGCCUCUGUACCAAGGUCAGUCACAAAUCACUGGUUAUAUUGUGGAGAUCAGUGAGGGGGAGGAGUCAGAGGACUGGACCACAGUGACCCAGGAACCAGUCACAGACAUAUACCUAAAGGUUUCAGGGCUGCAGGCAGGUCAGACAUACCGUCUCCGUGUGUGUGCCGUCAACAGUGCUGGAGUGGGAAGACCUUCUUUCCCCACAGAUCCCAUUACAGCCCAGACUGACCCAGCAUCCAGGGACAUCGAGAUUGGGGUUGAUAAUGAUGGCUUCAUCUUCUUGAGCUUUGAAACACCUGAGACCCUUGCCCAAACCCAGUUUGAGUGGACGAAGAACUAUAAAGAGGCUAUCGAUGCAGGACGAGCCCACUUGGAGACCAAGCAAAAUAAAUCUAUUCUCACCUUCGGUGCAGCUGCGGAGGAGGAUCUGGGCCUUUACACUGCGAAAGUGAUUGACAGGCCUGACAUCUCCUCCAGCUUUAAUUUCACUGCUGAAGAUCUGGAGAGACUCCGUGAAUUAAGCUGGCACAUCAGGAACCCACUUAUAGCGCUGCGCUCUGAGGGCUGGCAGGUGGACGUGUCGGAGCAAGGGAACGUGAGACUGUGGCUGCAGACGGAGCCCCUGUCCAACGCUGCAGAGCUACACAUGAUCCUCAAUGACCGAGAGAUCUCCUCCACACCGGCGCGUAAGAUCAACUUUGACAAAGCAAACGGUCUGGUGGAAAUUCUGUUUGACCAGCUUUCAAAGGAGGAUGAAGGCUCAUACACAGCACAGCUCAAGGACGGAAGAGCCAAGAACCAGUUCACUCUCGUCCUGGUGGAUGAAAAGUUCAGGCAAACCCUGGCCAAAUCACAGGCCAAGAGGCGGGACUGGAAGAGACGCUCAGGGCCUUAUUUUGAGGAGUUUUUGUCAUGGACUGUGACAGAGGACUGUGAGCUGAUUAUGAAGUGCAAGGUGACGAACAUGAACAAGGACACGAAGAUGAAGUGGUUUAAGGAUGGUGUAGAGAUCAAGCAGUUUGUGUAUGAGCCAUCUGGUGUGGGCACGCUUACCAUUCCACAGGUGACUAAGAAGGAAGCUGGCACGUACAGAGCUGUGGUGGCUGAUGGUAGAGGAGAGGAUGAGAGCAUUCUCGAGUUAACGGGCAAUGAGUUCGAGCGAUUGAUGCAGUGCCUGAGUAGAAAUGGUGCUCUCUCUGCUGGUCCCAUGAGGAUCGAGUCCACAGCGGCUGGUUUUAAGCUCUACUGCUCUCUGAAGUACUAUCUGAGCUACAUGAAAACCAGCUGGCACUUCAAAGAGAGGAGGAUCGAUCAAGACGAGAAGACCAAGCCUGGCAGCAGCAUGCAGAAGAUUUGGAUCGAGAUCUUAAACCCUACUGAAAACAACAAAGGGAAAUACACUCUGGAGAUGUUCGAUGGGCAGGAAACACACAAACGCUUUUUGGAUUUGUCUGGACAAGUUUUUGCAGAUGCUCUGCUGGAACAUCAGAGGCUGAAGCAGGUGGAAAUUGCUGAGAAAAAUCGUGCCAGAGUCACAAAGGGAUUACCAGAUGUGGUGGCCAUCAUGGAAGACAAGUCUCUGUGUCUGACCUGUUUCGCUGAUGGUGACCCCGUGCCGGAGAUGUUCUGGCUGAAGAACGACAGGGAGAUCGUCCCCGGAGGGCACUUUAGUGUGUCCAUUGACAAGAAGUGCACAACUCUCACCAUCCACUCAGUCUGUAUGGAGGAUUCAGGCAACUACAGCAUGUUUGUACGCAACAAGUACGGCUCACAGACGGCAAACGUGACCGUGAGUGUGUAUAAACAUGGUGAGAAGCCACGGGCCGAUGCAGUGGAGCUGUAAAGAUGAGCAAGACAUGAAUUAAUAAGAGGAUGCUGUGCUGGAGAAGUGUUAGCAAAUAUUUACAGUUCUAUUCAGCAAUCAUUUAAAGUCCAAAUUUGGGGUGGAAAGAUAUGAUACACUUACAGUAUGAUAAUAAAAUAUAACUUUUGGCUUUUGAAAAAGGACAGGAUCGAAUGCCAGCUCUGGAGUUAUUUAGUUCAGGAAACUACCGAGAAUAAUUUUAAAUUGAAUUGUUCUGAGGAUGACUCUUAUAUACUCAAAUCUGAUUAGUGUCAAAAAAGAAGGUGUCAAUUAAAAAGAAAAAUCUCUCUCACAUGAAAACCAUGAGGUGUUGGAAUAAAAAUUAGUCAACACCUGAUUUAAGGUGAGAAUAUCUGCCCUUUUGGGAGAAUUUAUUCACUAACAUUAUUUCUGCAAAUUGAGCUUCAAUUUUUUUUCCAGAACAUACAUUAAUAUUCAAUAUGUGGAACAUUUGUUUUGGAACAAGGGCACAAAGCAUCAUUACGCCAAAUUUAAGCCACUGUUGUCAAAAAACAUAAAAUCCAUAAUUGAAUUCCCUUUGGUGAGAAGGUAAAUUGUGCUAUAGUUAGAAAUGAAAUUAUGUUAGCCAGAGAUACAAUUGUGCUAGCUAGAGAAAUAAUUAUGCUAACAGUUAACAGGUAAAGUUAUGCUAGUUAGAUAUAUUACAGAGGCAUGGAAAAGUCUGGGCACCCUUACUGAAAAUGUGUGUUACCGUGAAUAGUUAAGUGAGCCGAAGAUGAACUGAUCACCAAAAGGCAUAAAGGUAAAGACGAUACAUUUCUUUUCAGCGUUUUCUGCAAGAUUUGUGUAUUACUUUUGUUUUGUACAAUUGGAGUGUGAAAAAAGAAAAGGAACACCAUGCAAAAGUUUGGGCACCCUAAUACAUUUGAGUUCUCAGGUAACUUUUACCAAGGUUCCAGACCUUAAUUAGCUUAUUGAGCUGUGGCUUGUUCAAAUUCUUGGUUAGGAAAGGUCAGAUGAUGCAGAUUUCAAAGCUGUAUAAAUUCUCUGACUACUCAAACUUGUCCCUAAAAUCAACAGCCAUGGGCUCCUCUAAGCAACUCCCUCGCAUUCUGAAUAAUAAAAUAAUUGAUGCUCACAAAGCAGGAGAAGCUACAAGAAUGUAGCAAAGUGUUUUCAGGUAGCUGUUUCUUCAGAUCAUAAUGUUAAGAAAUGGCAGUUAACAGAAACAGUGGAGAUCAAGGUGAGGUCUGGAAGAUGAAGAAAACUUUCUGAAAGAACGGCUCGUUGGAUUGCUAGAAAGGCAAAUAAAACCCCCUGUUUGACUGCAAAAGACCUUCAGAAAGAUUUAGCAGACCCUGGAGUGGUGGUGCACUGUUCUACUAUGCAGCGACACCUGAACAAACAUGACCUUCAUGGGAGAGUCAUCAGAAGAAAACCUUUCCUGCGUCCAAGCCACAAAAUCCAGCGUCUGAAGUUUGCAAAUGAACAUCUAAAUAAGCCGGAUGCAUUUUGGAAACAAGUCCUGUGGACUGAUGAAAUCAAAGUAGAACUUUUUGGCCACAAUGUGCAAAGGUAUGUUUGGAGAAGAAAGGGGGCCAAAUUCCAGGAAAAGAACACCUCUCCAACUCUGAAGCAUGGGUGUGGAUCGAUCAUGCUUUGGGGUUGUGUUGCAGCCAGUGGCACAGGGCACAUUUCAUUGGUCGAUGGAACCAUGGAUUCGAAUAAAUACCAGCAAAUUCUGGAAGCAAACAUCACACCAUCUGUAAAAAAAUUGAAGUUAAAAAGAGGAUGGGUCCUACAAUAAGAUGAUGAUCCAAAACACCUCAAAAUCUACAAUGGAAUACCUCAAGAGGCCCAAGCUGAAGGUUUUGCCCUGGCCCUCACAGUCCCCUGACCUAAACAUCAUUGAAAAUCUGUGGAUAGAUCUCAAAAGAGCAGUGCAUGCAAGACAGCCCAAGAAACUUGUAGAACUGGAAGCCUUUUGCAAGGACGAAUGUGUGAAAAUCCCCCAGGUAAGAACUGAAAGAUUAUUAGCUGGCUACAAAAAGUGUUUACAAACUGUGAUACUUGCCAAAGGGGGUGUUACUAGGUACUAACCAUGCAGGGUGCCCAAACUUUGUUUUGGGCCCUUUUCCUUUUUUGUAAUUUUGAAAAUGUAAAAGAUGAAAAUAAAAAACAUUGUUUUUGCUUAAAAUAUAAAAGGAAUGAGUCGUCUUUAACUUUAUGCCUUUUGGAGAUCAUUUCAUCUUCAACUUGCUUAACUGUUCACAGUAACAGCGAUUUUAACCAGGGGUGCCCAAACUUUUGCAUACCACCGUAUACUCACAUGUGCAGUGCAACAUUUUUUUAAUGAAUUAUUGAGAUUAUUUUAGAGCGGUACACAAGUCAGUUGAAGAAACAGUUAUGCUAAUUAGUUAUAUGGUUUUGGUAGUUAGAAUACAGUAAUGCUAGUCAGACAUACAGUGCUAAUUAAGAGAUACAGUUAUGUUAAUUUGUUUGAGAUACAGUUUUGGGAGUCAAAAUACAGUUAUACUAGUUAGAGAUACAGUGCCUUUGAGAGAGACAGUUAGGAUUGUCAAAGAAAGAGUGAUACAAGAUAAAGUUAUGCUAGUGGGACUUUUUUUUCCCACACAUGAUUAGAAGAGCACAAAGGGAGAGUUUCUCAAGGCUGAGCUCCUACAGCUACUCCACAUGAUUUUUUUAGAGUUUAAACCUCUCUCAACACAAAUACAUGUACAAUCCCCCAGCAAACCAUUAACAUCGUCAUUAUAGUUAAUGACUUCUUUCAAGGGUGGUAUGGUGGUGUAGUGGUUAGCGCUGUCGCCUCAUAGCAAGAAGGUCCGGGUUUGAGGCCGGUGAGGGCCUUUCUGUGUGGAGUUUGCAUGUGUUCCGGUUUCCCCCACAGUCCAAAGACGUGCAGGUUAGGUUAACUGGUGACUCUAAAUUGACCGUAGGUGUGAAUGUGAGUGUGAAUGGUUGUCUGUGUCUAUGUGUCAGCCCUGUGAUGA